CUCGCGGAUCCAGAAAUCAAGAGUCUACCUCUUGAGGAACAAGAAACGUUCGCUGAAACCCUCCACUUCAGCCGAUGUAAAAAGGCUGUGAUCUGUCUCCCCUACCAUCUUGCCUCCCCUGUUGCUCGUUCCUUCCUUGAAGCUGGUGUCUUUACUGAGGAGAAUGUUUUCCAACUUCUGCGCUCCUGCCGUGGUGCGCCUGCUUCCCCU